AUGACGGCGCAGAAUCAGGGAGCGACUGUUCGGGCAAUUGACGACGUGGAGCUGUGGCAUGCGUGCGCCGGGCCUCUCGUGACACUCCCAGCCGUCGGAUCUGUCGUGGUGUAUUUUCCAGAAGGACACGUGGAGCAACAGCAAUUACUGGCUGAGACCAGAAGCGCGUCUUGCUCCGCGUCCGACGAAGCGCAGCAGCAGUGGGAUCCGCAACAUGCAGCGCCGCACAAUACGUCUUCCGCAGCCGCCGCGGGAGAAAUGCGAGACGGCGGCUCCGCCUCCAGCGGCGACUGCGCCGGCGCUCGCGGCAGCUCUCACGACGAAGGCAGCGACGCUGCUACAGCCGCGCUGCCCCCGAGCCACAUGUUCUGCCGGCUGGAGUCCUUGGUGCUACAGAUUGACGUGGAGACGCACGAGUUGCUGGCUACCAUGCAGCUGCAGCCCAUCCAAGAGGCGGAGGCGGCGGAGGAGCAGGCGCGGGCAGCGCGCGCGGGCGCGGCGGCGAGCGGAAGCCGCGUGCUGUACGCGCGCACGGAGCAGGACCGCGUGUGCUGCAAGCGGCUGUCCACGAGCGACACGUCCACGCACGGCGGCUUCUCCAUCCCGCGCAAGGCCGCCGAGGCCUGCCUCCCCCACCUGGACAUGACACAGUCGGUGCCAUCGCAGCGCAUCACGGCCACGGACGUGCUGGGCAACCAGUGGCUCUUCCGCCACGUGUACCGCGGCACGCCCAAGCGCCACCUGCUCACCACCGGCUGGAGCGCGCUCUCCGCCACCUGGGGCCUCGCUGCUGGCGACCGUAUCGUCUUCCUUAGGAACCGGCACGGCGCGCUCAAGGUGGCGGUGCGGCGCAGCGAGGCGGCCAUGGCGGCCCUGCAGGCGCAGCGCCAGGCGCGCCACGCUCAACAGUGUUCCCUUGACGUUGACCACGUGGGCGGCCCCGCCGCCAUGGCGCCCUCCGCAGCAUCCCCAGGCCUGGCGGAGGUGGCGUCUGCUGAUGCUGUGCUGGCCGCCGCUGCUCGCUGCUACAGCCGCCGCACGGCCUUCUCUGUCACCUUCCACCCGUGGGUGAGCGCCUCAACGCCCUUCGUCAUCCCACUCCCCGACUUCACACGAGGGCUGCACGUGAAGGCGGCGCUACAGCCGGGCAGCGAGGUGCGCCUCACGCUCGAGACCGACGACCUCGCAACGCGCCGCCUACGUGGCAUCGUGCUCUCGCUGCACCACUCGCCCUCUGCCACGUGGCCCUCCUCGCCCUGGCGCUCCGUGCAGAUCAAGUGGGGCGACACAGACGGGGCAGUGAAGCCCACGCGCCUCUCCCCCUGGCUGCUUGACGAUGCCCGCACCCUCGCCCAGCCCUGCUCCUCCUUCUAUGUCUCCUCCGGCUCCGCCCCCCUUUCCACCACCUUCGCCUCUGUACCCCCUAUCGCCACCGUUGCUGCCGGCGCUGCUCUGCUGUCACACUCGGCCCCGCGCCCGCCCCCGCUGUCUCUUCCUCCUCUCUCCAUCCCCACCGCUGCUCCCAUGCCUCCUCCUCCCGGACAUGGACAGCAGCACCAGCACAACCAGCAGAAUGAUGAUCACCCACAGCAGCAACUGCACUGCUUUUCACCUCCCUCCCCACCUGGCGCCCCUCUGCCUGUUCCUGCUUCCAUGCAAACCCCUGCUGCCGCCCGUGCCGCCCCCCUUGCAGCGGGACAGCAUGGGAACGCGGGCAGCUGGGGCCCCACCCCUCUGCGCCUCUCCACUACCGCCCCCCUCUCUCACACACCCCUCACUUCCUUCCUCCCGAACCACUCCCUUCCUCCGCGGCUUCUGGCUUCCGAACAUGGCUGCACCGAGCCUGAUGCCAUGGUUUGGUCACACGACCAGCCUGCUAUGGAGUACAGCGGGUCUCCAGAAUCCGUUACAACCGCCACCCCUGCCACUGCUGCUACAGCCGGUGCAGGCUGUGCAUCCCCAGCUGCGCCUCGCCCGGCCUUCCCUCGAACCCUCACUGCUCCCGGGGGCUUCACAGCCUAUGCUCCUGCCAGCGCCCGGCAUGGCGGGGUGAAGAGGGAGCAGCAGGAGGAGGGGGCGGUGCAUCUCACGCUCUCUCUCGGCCUCUCCGCCUUGACUGCCUCGCCCCCCUCCGACCACUCCGCCCCGAGCCUCAAGCGCCGCCGCACCACAGGCCUCGCCCUGCCUGUGCUGCGCCAUGCCUGCCACUCCGAGUCGGAUGUCACUCGCCUGCUUCGCGUCGAACGACCCGAGAGGACGGACACGCUUGACAGCGACCUUGCCAUGCCCUCCGCUGGCACCUCUGCUGCUCAUGCUGAUGCUGCUGGUGGUGCUGGUGUUGUGGCUGCACCCCACGGCUGUCUCUUCACGCUGCCCUCUUCCCCCAGCUCUGCCAGCGGCGGCACCCCCAGGAGCAGCAGCAACGGGGAGGUUGAGCGCGCUGCAAUGGAAGAGCGGGCAGCGAGUGGCGAGCGCGAGGCAGCAGGGGGGGCGGAGAGCAUGGAUGGGCAGACGGUUUCCCCGUCCAAGCAGCCGGCGUCGCCCUGCAAGCUGUCGCCCUCGCCGUCCCAGGCGGCCAACAGAAGGCGCAUUAAGCUGCGGGUGGAGGGAAGCCUGGUGGGGCGCACGGUGGAUCUGAGUGGCAUUGGCAGCUUCAAAUCGCUGUACGCCACGUGUGCAGCCAUGCUACAGCUGCCUCUGCAGCAGCCCUCAGCGGGUGCCACGUGUCCCUGGCAGCUCACCUACACCGACGCCGACGGCGACACACUGCUUGUUGGCGACGGACCCUGGAGUGUUUUUCUAGAGCACGUUCAUGCACUUACUGUCAUGAAGGCACCAAUCAACAAGCUUACCACCUCCGCCCACAUCCACUCGACGCCACAUUUCCCGGCAGCAUGCGCAGAAGCCAUGGCGCGCUUCACGCCGCAGGAUUUUUUCUUCAAAGAGGCGCGCCGCCUCGGCUACGUAGCGCGCUCCGCGUUCAAGCUGCAGGAGGUGCAGCGGCGGCACGCGGUGAUGAGGAGGGGAGGAGCAGUGCUGGACCUGGGGUGCUGCCCGGGGGCAUGGCUGCAGGUGUCAUGUCAGGCCCUGGGGCCCAUAGCUCAAGGCGGAUGUGUCGUUGGCGUUGACAUUCAGCGCACGGCAGUGCCGCAGCGGUGGUGUGACAGGCGAGUGCAAGUCAUCCAGGCCGAUGCCUUCUCCCUCUCGCCGCUCCUCCUGCUCCGCCUCCUCUCCUCCCUCCAGCCCCACUCGCCCUCCCCCUCGCCGCGCUUCACCACGCUGCUAUCAGACAUGUGCCCAUCCACCUCAGGCGCCUCCCCCUCUGACGUCGCCGCCUCCCACUCCCUCGCCCUCCGUGCCCUCGCCCUCGCAGCCCAACCCCUCCACACGCACUCGGAACCGCACAGCACCCAACCGCACCACAUACACUUGAAACCGGAUGCACACUUACUCCCAUGGGGCCACGACCGCUCCCACCCAGACCCAGCCUAUUCCGACACAGGCGUGGUUGGGAGCAGAGGCAGAGGUGCGAGGGAAUCCGCAGGGGAAGCAGCAAGAGAGGCAGGCGCUGCAGCAGGAGCAGAAGCAGAGAGGGCAGCAGCAGGGACGGGCCCUGUAGCAGCAGCGGAGGCAGUAGAGGGACCAAGUGCCCGUGUGCGAGGGGGACGGGAAGCGGAGGGGCGUUCAGUAGAGGGGCGUGGGGAGGGAGGGGCAGCAGCGCAGGGGGGCGUGCUGGCAGUGGGGGGGCACAUGGUGGUGAAGCUGCUGGAGGGUGACGACACUCCAGUGUACGUGGCAGCGUGCAGGCAGCUCUUCUCAUCAGUGACACGCCUUCGCCCCAAGGCCACUCGGGCCUCCUCCCGGGAGAUUUAUGUCAUUGCCAAGGGGUUCCGGCCGAGGGGCUCUCAUCCCCAGGGGUUUGCGGGGUUCUGA